AUGCGAGGAGGCGCUUUUGGCCGCCUUGAACGGGCUGGCCUACCGGCCGAUCGAUAUGAAGCGAGUGGCGAAAGGCUGACGAGAUUCCACUGCCCGUGCGAGCUUGGCGGGGAGUACCAGCCCAAGAGCUACCUUCCCGUGCUCUUGACGUGCUUUGACCGCGUCAUACUGGCAACCAAGCCGUAUGUGCCGCGCAUACGCUGGCUCGACAUCUCCCUCCCGCUCAACUUCCCCACUCUCCUAUCCUGCUUCGGGCUCUAUCGGGAGAAGCACUGGGGCAACGACUUCCACUGGCUCCACCUUUCCGAGAUGACGGGCUGUAAAGAGGUCAACAUUUACGUGGACGCGCGCCGGCGGGAUUCUUACGUCGAACCGCGGAGCUACCUGCGGUGGGACCGCAUGAUGAGCCUGGAUCACGCGACUUUUCUCGUCAAGGUCGUCUAUCCCAUGGCGCGGGACCUCCGGGGCCUGUCCCUCACCAUCACCAUCAGCACGCCGCUGUCCCGGGACAAGAACUCGUGGUCCCGCGGGCUAAACAUGCCAAGCGACCAUAAUUGGUCCGGCCUCCUCGACGACUUCAAGUUUCUUCCCAACCUGCGCGUGUGGAAGCGGUACUGGGGUGAUGUUUUCCAUCCGAUCCCGCCUAGCUUGGGGCUUCCUGAGGGCGCAAUCUAUCCCAGUUAUGAUUUGCCGACGAUCUUUGAUGGCGACUUCGUCGCGCCGCCAGAAGGCGACCAGUCUGUCGCCCUCGACAUCUACAGGGGAAGUAACCCAUAG